AUGACUCCACCUGACGAGCAAGUCACCCUACUGGACAAGAACCCCCUACAAUGUCUAACACAGAUGAGCGACCCACACUUUGCUUCUGGCAAUCAGAACCAGGAGGUCGGGCACUCAGGCGGCCGUCCAGAAACAUAUUUGGACAAUGACCAGUCCCAGAGUUCCAAGUCGCAGGGGUUUGUUGACGGUGUCAUGAGUUCCGUCGGCAUGGGCAAUGGCGACGACUCCAAAACCAACAACAACAACAACAACAACAACAACAACAACAGCAACCAAGGCGCCCAACGAGCUUCCGAAGACUCCUCUAACCCUUCUCUCGGUGACAUGCCCGGACGUGUCAGUCACAAGAUCCGUGACCACAUUGCUCCCAACGCUGCUGUGGUGGAUGCCAACAAGAAGCCCGGUCUGUCCAAGAAGGACCGGCCCGCUGGAACCGCGUUCCCCGUCGCCGGAGUCGCCAAUCAGAAUGCUGUUGACCCCAAGAAAGCCCACCACCAGCAGAACUCGGUGCCCAACAAAGUGGACGACACCCAUAUCAAUUCUCAGGAGCGAACUGCUGAGCAGAAGGCAGGCGCCAUCGCCGUUCCCGACAACAAGCUACCAGGAAACGCAGCCUACCAGAAGAACUAUACUCCCAUGGACCGAAAGGCCACAGCUGACGAGUUUGAUCUGAUCCAAGGUGGUCCCGGUGUGCCUGGCCUGUCGAGCCGAAUCGAGGCUGAGGGAGAAGACAAGGGCAAAGUGUCCGACUCAAUUGAUGGCGCGUACAUCGAGAAGAUGGCUGCCAAGAACAUGGAGAAAAAUCAAAUUCCCGAGCCCAAGAAGCUCGGAUGGAAGCAGAUGGGUGGAUGGUCUGAGGAGAUGGGUAUUACUUCGGACGAGCAGGCCGACGACCUCAUCACCAAGUCCACUCUACUGGAGGAGUACAUUGCCAACAAGUUUUACGGCGACUGGUACCACAACAUUGCCUGUAUUGUGGUGACUGGUGUGCUGUCUUUCCUUGUGGCCAAGCUCGGUGGAGGAACCGCCUGGCUGAUUCUCGUGCUUGCCGUCACCGGAACCUACUAUCGAACCAGUAUCCGACGACUGCGACGAAACGUGAGAGACGACAUUACUCGAGAAGCUGCUGUCAAGAGAAUCGAGAGUGAGGAGGAGACCAUGGAGUGGCUCAACCUGUUCAUGGUCAAGUUCUGGGUCAUCUACGAGCCCGUUCUGGCCGCCACCGUGGUCCAGAUUGGUAACCAGGUGCUUGCUGGCUCCACUCCCGGCUUCAUUGAGUCCAUGGCCAUUGAGUCAUUCACUUUGGGAACCAAGCCCCCUCGAGUCGACCAUGUUCGGACAUUCCCCAAGACUGAGGACGACGUGUCUAUCAUGGACUGGAAGUUCUCUUUCACUCCCAACGAUACCGAGGAUCUGACUGCUCGACAGCUGAAGAACAAGGUCAACCCCAAGGUUGUUUUGUCUGUCCGAAUUGGUAAGGGUGUUGUCUCCAAAUCUCUGCCCAUCUUGCUGGAGGACAUGUCCUUCUCCGGCCACGUACGAAUCCGAAUCCGAAUGAUGACCCUCUUCCCCCAUAUCCAGACUGUCGAUAUUUCCUUCCUCGAGCCUCCGGACUUUGAUUUCGUGCUUAAGCCCAUUGGAGGAGAGACUCUCGGUUUCGAUAUCAACGUCAUCCCCGGCCUUACCUCUUUCAUCCACGAAAUGGUCCAUGCCAACAUUGGUCCUAUGAUGUACGCCCCCAACGCCUUCCAGCUCAACGUGCAGCAGAUGCUUUCUGGCUCUGCUCUGGACUCUGCUGUCGGUGUGCUGGCUAUCACUGUCUACCGAGCCGGCAACCUCAAGGGCUCUGGUCGAAUUGGCAACACAGUGGAUCCCUACAUUAUUUUCUGGCUCAAGAACGAGGAAUGUGGCCGAACCUCCGUCAAGAAGGAUACCUGCAACCCCCGAUGGAAUGAGACCAAGUACCUGCUGGUCAACAACCUUACCGAAGUGCUGCGAAUGGAGAUUAUCGAUUUCAACGACUUCCGAACCGACAAGACCAUUGGUUCUGUCUCCAUGAACCUGGACACUGUCUCGGCCAAGCCCGAGCAGAAGGGUAUCCAUGGCGAGGUGCUGGAGGGCCGAAAGAAGAAGGGAACUCUUAUCUACGAUGCCCGAUGGUUCCCCGUGCUAGAGGGCAAGACUCUGGAGGAUGGUACCACCGAACCUCCGCCCGACUCCCCCUCUGGUAUUCUUCGAGUGGUCAUCAACCAGUGUAAGGACCUGGAUCCCAAGCUAUCCAUGGUUGGCCAACUGUCACCCUACGUCGAGCUGGCCUUCAAUGGUAAGCUGCUGCACAACACCAACGUGAUCAAGCGGUCCAACAACCCCGUUUGGGACGACGCCUUUGAGUUCCUCGUCACAGACAAGGACUCGGGUAAGGUUUCAUUCACUGUCAAGGACUCUCGAGGCAUGUCUUCUGAUCCUGUUAUUGGCAAGAUCCAGAAGACUGUCGACGAUCUGGUUGAGAGCACUGAGGAUGGAGAGGACUGGCACGACUUUGCCGACGCUGGUCGAAUGCGAAUCACUGCUCUCUGGAAACCUCUUGGUCUGUCUGGUGUUGGUGGCGGCUCCGGCUACGUUGAACCCAUUGGUGUGCUCCGAUUCCACAUCAUCAAGGCUACUGACCUGCGAAACCUCGAGACCGUCGGCAAGGUAGAUCCAUACGUCCGAAUUCUGGUCGGAGGAUAUGCCCGAUGUCGAACUCGAACAAUUACUGCCAACCUGGACCCUGUUUGGGACGAGUACAUCUACGCUCCGGUCCACUCAUCUCACGAGCGAAUUACCGUUGAGUGUAUGGACUCUGAGAAAGUGUCUCAUGAUCGAUCUCUCGGUAAGUUUGAGCACCGUGCUUCUUCUAUCAUCAAGACCGAUGACGAUGGUAAUUACGUUCCUUAUGUCGACGAGAAGGGCCAUGUUGGUGAGCUUCAGCUGGGAAAGAAGUCUCCUAAGGGUAGAGUGGAGUUCUACUGCUCCUUCUACCCCUGUCUCCCCGUCAUGUCUCCCGCCGAGCAGAAGAAGAAGGCCGAGAUUGACGAGAAGAAGGCUGCACAGGCUAAAGAGAAAGGUGUUGCUGCUUCCGUCAAGUCCGGCGCCUCCAAGCAGGAGGGUGGUGGAGGGUGGUGGGGUGGUGGAGCUGCCAAGGAAGAUCCUCAGGCUGAUCUCAAGGCUGCGUCCAACGACAACGACGACACCGCCAAGGGUUCCGACAGUGGGGCCAUUGACAGCACUGGUCUGGACGGCUCUGAGGGAGACAGCACUCUUAAGGCUGACACCCCUAAGGCCAUGACUCCCGAGGAGCAGAAGGCCAAGAUCAAGGCCGACACUAAGGCCAAGGCUGCUGCUGCCAAGGACAAGACCAAGGCCGCUAAGGCUGCCGAUAAGGCAGGUGCCCAGAGCGACAAUGUUAAUCCCAAGUCCAAGGGCGUUGACGAAGACACCACCGAGGAGGCUGAUCACCCUGUUGGCGGUGUCGAUGAAUCUUCCGGUGGUGAUGCUUUUGAGGGCAAGCUUGACUGGCCUUUUGACAAGAUUGUCUCCCACGACACUGGUCUGCUGCCCUUUACCAUGAAGUCUUACAAGGUAAUUGGCGAGAAGGAGUGCUACCUGCAGGUGCUGUUUGACGAGUUUGCCAUUCCCAAGUGGUCGUCUGGUAAGAUCAAGGAGAACAAUCCCGAAUGCAACGAGACUUCGGACGCCAUGAUUCGAGAGCUGUACAAGUCCAAGAUUACCGUACGUUUGACUUCUCGAAAGAGCAUUGAGACUGACGAGGAGCGAAAGGAGCAUCUCCUGGGGUCGCAUACCAUGAACACCUUUGACUUCUUGAAGAGUUCUUACGGAAAGGACUACACCAUGGCGUUUGACACGAAGCGAGGCCAUUGUGAGUGUGUCAUGUCCGCCUGGUACCUGCCUUUGGAGUUCUCCAUUGACCCCUGUGAGUCCCUGGACAACAUGGGCUACCUCAAAGUGUCUGUUCUGGACGCCCACGAUCUGCCUGCAGCCGAUCGAAGUGGUAAGUCUGAUCCUUACGCUGUCUUCGACCUCGAGGGCAAGCGUGUCUUCAAGACCAAGACCCAAAAGAAGACUCUGGACCCGGUCUGGAACGAGUUCUUUGAGAUGGCGAUAUCGUCUCUGAUCAAGGCCGACUUCACUGUCAACGUUUGGGAUUGGGAUAUGGGUCCUGCUGAUGACGAUUUCCUCGGAAAGGCUCGGGUCGACCUUUCCGACAUUAAUCCUCACGAGGAGGCCGUCAAGGUGCUAGACCUCUUUGGUGAGGAUGGAGAGCACGCUGGAUCCAUCCGUCUUGCCUUCAACUUCUCGCCAGAGUACAUUCCCAAGACCUGGCAGGGUAAGAGUAUGAUGAGUGGUGCCGUCGGUACCCCUGGUAAGAUCAUCACCUCUGUCGCUGGUGCCCCCAUCAAGGGUAUUGGCUUUGUGGGCCAUGGUGUGCACCGAGGAGCUUCCAAGCUCAAGCGAGCCAUCUUUGGCCGACACAAGGACAAGGGUGACGAGGACUCUGAGGGAGAGAUGCGAGAAGACCCCAAUGAUGGCGAGACUCACGGUUCUGAGCACGACCUCAACGAGAGCGAGCCUGGAGUGUCUCAUUUUGGCGGUCCUUCUUCUGCUCGAAACCCCCAUGCUGCUGACACUGACACUGGUGCCACUUCUGGCCACCCUCAUCUCGGUGGUGCUAUGGACGGUGCUCACAAUGCUGCUAGUGCCGUUGGAGGCGCUGUUGGAGGUGCAGGUCAUGCUGUUGGCGGGGCCUUCAGCGGUCUCAAGGACAAGGUGGCAGGUCAUCGAGCUGCCAACGCCAGCUACGAUGACGAUCCCAACGUUGAUGUUGAUGCCGUCAACGAGGGCCAAGACCAGCCUCGACGGUCUGGACUCGGUGCUCGGAUGAAGGGCAUGAUGGCUUCCAACCACGAGGACGAUCCCACCUCUGCUUCUCCCGUGGACUCUGCUGAUGGUCAGCAGGGUGGACAUCACAGCCACAAUCCUUUUGGCCGAAUCGAGAGAGACUUCGACAAGGUUGGCUCCAAGAUCAACCCCUUUAACCGAGGAGGCAACGACAAGGGUAACGAUGGUGAUCACAAUCUCAAGGCUCCUGCCAUGCCCGAUGCUCGAAAGUCCAUGGAGCGGAAGUCUAUGGACUCGCAUCUGUCUCCUUCGGACACUCGAGGCAGCAUCAUGAGCUCUCGAACCGGCCGAACCGGUCGAACUGGCCACUCUCGAGCCAACAGCACUGCUUCCAACCAUGGAGCUGCUGCUCUCUUCCAGGGCGAGACCUUCCCCGGUACUCUAACCAUCCUUCGAGCUCGAGGCUUUCAGGGCACCGACCGACUCCAGGUCAAGGUGUAUCUGUCUGGCCGAAAGGACCGAGAACUGUGGAAGAAGCGAAUCAAACCCACUGAACGAGAGGACUAUGACAUUAACCAGGAGGUGCCCUUCAAGGCCGAGCCCACGGCCAAGCUGGUCAUCUCUUGUAAGGAGGAUAGAACCUUUGGCCGAUCGGAGCAUUUUGGACGAUGGUCGGUCAACGUGGCGGAGAUCAAGAACGGAGAGCAGGAGAUUGAGUUUGGCGAGAACGGUUUCAUGAAGAUCAAUCUUCACUUUGAGCAGCCCGACUUGUCUGAGCGACUGAGUUGA